GGUCGUUCGCAGAACAUGGAGCGGCCCACGGCAUCAGGAAGCCGCCAUGGCCAGGACUGCGCAGCGCUGGUAGGAUAUCAGGCUCGCCCAGACGCCGGAACCGCUCGCUGCUCAUCCGCCGAUCGUGCCAACAUGAGCGCCAACAACAGCAAGCCAUCUGGGCCGUCGGCACCGUCAUCAUCAUCGCCGCUGCCUGGUCCCGGCCGUCUGUUCUCCUCGGAAUACGGAGUAACAAACGAGCCCUAUACGCCAGCCUGUAUCCUCUCCCCUGGCACUCUUGGGCAUGUCAAUCCUGGCGAUGCCACGGGGCCUGUGUCGUCUUCUUCCGGCCUCAAUUUUGACGAGGGCGACGACGACGACGAUGACGAAGACGAAGAGGAAUGGAUGCAGAUCGAUGUGGUCCAUGCGGUUGCGUCCCAUGAUGAUGCAGGGCAUACAGGCUCUGGCUCGGACCUGCUCGGCACCAGCUCGUCCUCUGGUCCUUUAGAGAUCGCCAUUCCCAAGCUCAAAGCGUUUCUCGACAAGGAUGCCCGGAAGCAACAGCGGGCCUCGCCCAAAACCAAAGGCAUCACGAAGGAAGACAGAGAUCUGCGCAUGGCGAUGCACAAAGCCCAUUUGCUCUGUCUUCUGAUCUGCGGUAGCAAUCGAAACAUUUGGUGCCACGACCCCGAGCUGCAAAACGUCGCUCGCUCGGCGAUACCACGACAGAUCGCAGAAUCUCUGACGAGACUCUCCAGCCGCGCCUCCGGCAUCAGCGGUCAACAGAAUGUGGCCAACCAUCGGUAUCUGAUCCACUAUCUCCGGCUCCUGGCCAUAUGGUGGAAGCGCGACAUCAAACCCUCGUUCGACCCUGACGAAGCGCCUCCGUCAGGCGUGGGCUCGGUAAUGGAGAAAUUCGGUCGGUUUCUGAGUCGACCGCCAUCGCAGGAAGGCUCCAAGACGGCGCUGUCGCCAGAAGUUUCAGCAAUUCUGUUUGUCGCCGCCAUGCGGGGCAUUGGUUUGGACGCUCGAUUAGCCGUCUCGCUCCAUCCCAUACCCCUGUCGUUCUCGGGCGAGCUUGGCCGCAUGCGGAAGGCUGAUGAAUCUCCCGACAACAAUCCGGGCGGCAGCAAUCCGAACGACGUCGAGGGUAGCGUCACCGCCCCAGCCUCGGAUCGGCGUCCAACGAAGCGGCGCAAAACCAACUCAGCUAAGGACGCUGGAGAGAUCCCGUUCGAUGACGAUCGCUUCAUCAUGGUGCCAUAUCCCCUUACGCUCUGGUGCGAGGUCCAUUCGCCGCAUUGCGAUGAAUGGAUUCCGGUUGAUCCGAACAAGGGCAUGGUCGACCGACCACUGGAUAUGGCUCCAGGACCAAACAAGCCCCUGCAACUACAGCUCUCGUACAUUGUUGCGUAUGGCCCUCUGCGCGAGUGCAAAGAUGUUACUCGCAGAUAUGCACCCGCCUGGGGUGCUCAGACAUCACGCAACCGACUUCCUGCUGGCCUCGAAGGCGAAGAAUGGUGGAAUCGGGCGCUGUGGCUCUUGUCCAUGUCGGAGCGAGACACCGACAAAGACGCCCGCGAAGAACAGUUCUUCCGGGAGCAGUUGCGGUCCGAGAAGAUGCCGACGAGGCUUGCCGGAUUCAACAACCACCCUCUCUUUGCCCUGGAGAGGCAUUGCAAACGCAACGAAGUGAUCUGGCCUGCUGGCAAAGAGAACAUGAUCGGCCAGUACAAGGGCGAGCCGGUGUACCCGCGACGAAAUGUGCAAGAGGCUCUUUCGGUCAAUGGCUGGCUCCGCCGUGGAAGGUCAAUCAAGCCGGAUGAGAAGCCGGCCAAGAUCGUACCUGUGAGACAAGCGUCGAUCCAGCGGAGGCGCGAUAUCGAGCACGAAGCCAGCAAUCGCGAGCUGCGGCUUUUAGACGAUGAGCAGGGCGAUGUCCUGAUCGACAGCUCCAAGAUUGGGCUCUUUGGCAUUUGGCAGACGGAGCUGUACAAGCCCCCUAUUAUCGAGGAUGGAAUAAUUCCAAAGAACCAAUUCGGCAAUAUUGAAAUCCUGCACGAAAGCAUGGUACCGAUUGGUGGCGUCCACAUCAAAGUGUCUGGGCUUGGUAAAGUCGCGCAGAAGCUCAAUAUCGACUAUGCAAACGCUGUGACCGGAUUCGAAUUCAACAAGGGUAAAUCCACGCCAGUGUAUCAGGGAAUCGUUGUCGCCGAGGAGUACCAAGAGAUAUUGCUCGAGGCAUAUCGAGAAAUCACAAUUGCCAAGGACCGAAAGCAGGCAGAGCAAAAGGCGGUGCGGGCGCUCGGAAACUGGACCAAGCUCGUCAAUCGGCUGCUGCUCCGCAGCCGCAUCCGCGAGACCUAUAUGAAGUGAUACUCUGUGAGCCGGGCGGGUAUUGGUGUGUCUGCUGCUUGAUCGUCGGCGGCCGAGACCAAUAUCACUAUCCCCGAACACACGCUCGCAUCCACAUUUACUCGGGGGAAAUGCGAA